AUGUCGCACGUGGGAGGCCAGUUGCGUGCCUACUCCCAGGUGAAGAUCAUUUCACGGUUUGUCAACAAGAAGCGCGCCACGACCUUGAUUGCCAGCAUCGAGCAAUACGACAACAAGUACAUCUGGAUCGGCACCAACGACGGCGUAAUUGUCCAAUAUGCUCUCCGUGUCAUCACUUCCGUCACUGGACGCAAGACUUAUCAAUGCGAUGUCAUUGGCAGUCAAACCCUGGUGCCAUCACAGCCUAUUGUACAACUUCAGGUGGCUCCAGGUGCCGAAAAGCUCCUGGCCGUCACACAGGGUCAAGUAUGGCUGCUGCACAUGCACAGCCUCAAGGUCAUGAUGGAUCGGCCUUAUGGCAAGGGCAUUGAACGCAUGGUCAUUGACCGCAGCCCCGCGCUGGAUGGCAACCUGCACUUGUCGUGCGUGCGGCCCAAUGGUAGCAAGGCCUCGGCCGCCACCCACCUCACCUUGUCGGGCAACAAUCUCAUGCCCGAUUAUGAUCGCAAAGAGAGCCGCAAUCUUCCCCCCAAAUUGCAAUGCAUUGAGCGGUAUGGGGACCAGUUUCUUCUGGCUCACGGUGGAUUUUACCAUGUCUACUCGAUGAGCCGUGAGGAAAAGCUGCCACUGGUUCCGUAUGAGGAUAAACGUCCCAUCAUCACCUGGUCGCAGAACGACUGCUUCCUGUUGGCGGUGGUGACAGAGGGAGAGAGCCUGGCCAUUCAAGUGAACAAAGAUGGGCAGCCCUCCGGCACGGCCCCCAUCCGCUUCGUCGAUCAUCCCGACCUCAUUGCGUUCCAAUACCCCUACAUCAUUUCUCUUAAUCAGGCCUACGCCUUUCUCAACGUGCACAGCAUUUUGACAUCAGACCACGUGCAAAACAUGAACUGCGAUGAGUGUAUCAUCCUGCAAAAUCGCAACGGCGUCGUGUUGGCCACCACCACCAAAUCUGUCUCCAUUCUGGCCCUCUCCACCUUUGAGACGCAGAUUGCCGAUCUGCUACAGGACGGACGGGUCAAAGAAGCACUGGAUCUGGCCGAAGUCACGUUUGGGCAUGAGGAAGACGCUGCCACGACCGCACCAGCACAACUCGAGGCUGACCUAGACAAGAUUCGCGCUGUUCAGGAACAAGCAGGCUACACGCUUUUGAAAGACGGCCAGCUUGCUGAUGCCCUGAAUUUAUUGCUGAGCGCUGGGGUGGAUCCAGCUGAUGUGCUCUUGCUAUUUCCAUCCCUCCAAGUGCAGGAGCCAGAGGAAGUCACCGAGUAUCCCAGGUCCAUCGGUCUGACAGUUGCCGAGAGCAGCAAGAUUGACAUGGCAGAUCGCCGGGCUCUCGAGACCAUGGCCGACUACCUUCUCGAGGCACGGCGCUAUUGUGACGGGUACGCACACGCACGCGCCGCAGAAAACGUCUCUUUUGCCAUAGCAGAGCUUAAGGAAGGCCGGGUAGUCCAGAGCCUCACACCGCACGGUUUCUCGUCGCCCAGCCGUGAUGCACAGAUGAGCGCCGAUACGGCUGUAGCCCUGUGCUAUGCCGUUCUGUCGGCUGAUAAGCUUUCUCAGUGGGUCGCGCGGGGCGACACCAUGUGCAACCUUUCCGUUUGUGCUAAGCGCAUGGAGGAUCUGAACCGUCUUCACCUUGAGUGGCUCUUGAAGCGAACGCCUCAAGCUAUUCACAUCAUCACCAAGCGUGCUGUCAAGGAAAGCGUGGAGCUUUUCGAGCCAGCCACGAUCCUCAAAACCCUUCAGCCCCACCGCGAUGCCAUGUUGCUUUAUCUCGAGUGGCUGGUGUUUGAGGCCAAGACGCAUCGGGCCGAGUAUCACACCAUGCUGGCGCGGAAUCUGGUUGACGCCAUUCAGCGCGUUCAGCGGCGGGUUGAAAAUCGCCGCAGCAAAGGCGAGGAUGCGGAUGAGCUUGUGGCUGAGCUGGAAACCCUGCGCCUUCGUCUUCGCAAUGUGCUCAAGACGAGUCAGCAGUACAGCAUUGACCUGUUGCUGCAUGACCUCGAGGCUACGGCCCUGUAUGCCGAAAAGGCUAUCGCCUUGGGCCGUGCGGGUCGCCAUAAGGAAGCUUUGGAUUUGAUUGUAUACAAGCUCGAGGACCAUGGGAUGGCCCGUGAAUAUUGUCACAUCAUGGCCGUGGGCACCACUCGACGUGAGCGGCAGCAUGUUUCACUAAUGUUGUUCAAGGUCUACAUUGAGCCGCCACCAGGCAAACCACGCAACGAUCACGAGGCCUUGGCUCUUCUCAAUAGUCACCUCUCUGAUCUGGAUAUUGCCGAGGUUUUGCACUUGUUGCCUGAUGAUUGGUCAUUCAAGGUCAUCGAGCAGUUUUUGCGACGGUCGAUCCAGCGCGACGUCCAUCACCAGGCGCUCAUCCAAGUGAAGAAAGGUCUCGUGGCCAGCGAAGCCAUUCAGGUGGAAAGUCACCUCGCUCAGCUGGAAAGCCUGCGCGUGUUUCUACCGCCGACCGCCAAGUGCCGAAAAUGCAAGCGACCGCUUGCGGCACUUCCGUCUGGGGAUUUUGACGUGCCCGAAUGCCCGCCCUUUGUUCGGUACGUGGUGCCCUUGAUGGCAUGA